CACUGAUUUACGAUUUUUGGAAUCUUUCAUGGUCAGUGCUCUUUUUUCUGACCAGGUUUCAGACCAAACGUUGCGUGGCCUUGGUGAAUGUGAAUCAUUUUUUCAACCGUCACAACCAAAAACCCGCAUGACAAAUCUGACAAAUCGAUGUGUCAUGUCGAAAUUCUUUUCCCGCAAUUUCAAAAUCAUCAUCCCCAUCGCAGGAAAAUCCCCCAUUCUGGCUUUUAAAAAAGAAGAGCAUGUUGCUUCGUCCGCUCUUUACUCUCUCUGCAAGACUUCAUCUUUUUGUAAGAACCAUGUCCACAAACACCAAACCUCAAACCAAUAUCUUGAACUGGGCCAGCAAAGACGGCGAAUUCCGUCGUCAGCAAUCCGUGUUUCGCGAUGUCAUUGUCGACCAACCCGAUGCCAAAUUCCAACCCGAAAAAGACCGUUACCACCUUUAUAUUAGCUGGGCGUGUCCUUGGGCUCACCGUACAGCGAUUGUCCGUGCAUUGAAGGGUCUGGACGAAUUUAUCGGUUUAUCUGCCGUCGACUAUCUGAUGCUCGAUAAAGGAUGGAAAUUUUCGUCAAGCGAAGAGUGUCCUGGGGCCAUCCCCGACAAUAUCAACCAUGCCAGCUACUUGCGCGAUUUAUACUUCAAAGUGAAUCCAAACUAUGAAGGACGAUUCACUGUCCCCGUUUUAUGGGAUAAGAAACUCAACACCAUUGUGAACAACGAAAGUUCGGAAAUCAUCCGCAUGUUCAACACCGCUUUCAACAAGUUCCUGUCCGAAGACAAAAAGGCUCUGACGUUCUAUCCGGAAGAUUUGCAAAAGGAUAUUGAUGAGAUUAAUGACUGGAUCUACAACGACAUCAAUAAUGGUGUCUACAAGAGUGGUUUUGCCACAACUCAAGAAGCCUACGAAAAGAAUGUGGUGCCACUGUUCAAGUCACUGGAUCGUGUGGAGGAGAUACUUUCCAAAAACGAGUUUUUGGUCGGAAAGCGAUUCACAGAAGCUGAUAUUCGCUUGUGGACCACCAUUGUGAGAUUCGAUCCUGUUUAUCACGGUCACUUCAAAUGUAACAUCAAGGGCAUCGAAAAGGACUAUCCUCACAUCCUGAAAUGGGCACGAAAGAUCUAUCAAAUGCCCAACGUUGCUGGCACCGUCAACUUGGAACAUAUCAAAAAGCACUAUUACAUGUCUCACCGUCAAAUCAACCCCACCCAAGUCGUGCCCAUGGGCAAUGGUCCCGACCUCUCUGUUCCUGUCUAAGCUUUGUCACUUGAUGGUUUUUUUUUUCGCCUUUUUGUGUGUUAUACUUCACAUCAAUAAUAAAAAAGGAAGACUUGUCGUCCACUGAACUGUUACUCAAAGAAAUAAU